CAGAAACCGAGUGACGUUAUGAACCCGAUCGUCAAACAGUAGGUCCUGGCAAACAACGAGAGACAGGUUAGCUAUAGGCUACUUGUCGAUUAUUUUUUAAUAAGGUAUUACUUUUUGAGAGGCAUCAUUGAAAUAUUAGAAAUGAAAAAGUUGUAGUUAUUUGCAUUUCAGGUAUUUAUUAGAAUUAAUCCACUUAGUCCUUUUUUUACUUAAAGACAUGAAUCGAGUUAAGGAAUGGGAGUUUAAGUCACAUGGAAUUGAACUGGAGGAAGAAUUUUAUUCGUUUGAUUACGCGGAAGAAUUUUCGGGUUAUCGAGACCCCAAUGAACUUCUGGCAGCUUUGAAACAAAAAGAGGAGGAAGUUAUUCUGGCUGCAGAACUGGGUAAUGCGCUUCUUCUGGAAAACCGUCAGCUCAAGGAAGAAAAUGACAAACUGCAUGAACAAUAUAGUGACAAGUUAGAGGAGCUGGAGCAGGACCGGCAUGACCUGCGGGUGAAGCUGGAGGGCUGCAGGACGACGUGGGAGAGCCAGGUGACGGAGCUGGAGAGGGAUGUGCAGGAGCUGACCGCCCAGAAGGACAGGCUGAGCCAGGCCCUCAGCGAGGCCGAGCGGAGCAAGACCCGGGCCCAGCAGGAGCACGCCGAGCAGAACCACAGACUGAGAGAGCAGCUCAGCACGGCGUUGGAGGUGGAGCGGGUGCUGACUGCAGAGCUACAUGCCCUUAAACAGGGCCUUCAAGAGCAGAGCCACUCUUCCUCUCAGGACGAGGAGCUCGUCAGUGCCAUGAAGGAACAGGUGGCCUGUCUGUCACAGAAGAAGCUGGCUCUGGAGCAGCGAUUGGAGGCAGUGUGUCAGGAGAACGCAAGCCUCCGGGAGAGCCUGGCCUCCCUGCACACACGCCUGGCCCUGCAGGAGGAACGGGGCCUGCUGCAGUCCCAGCAGCUGGCAGAAGCCCAGAGGGACGUGGAGGCGUCACGUGGAAGGAACCAGCAGCUGCAGGAGCAGGUGGAGGAGCUGCAGGAGGAGAUAUCCCUGCAGGAGGCGGGCCGGGGAGAGGCGUCCCUCCUGUCAGAACUGGAGCAGAGCCUGAGUAGCAUGGGCUGGAGUCAGGACAAGGAGCAGGUGAGGGAGGAGGUGCUGUCCAUCCUGAAGCUGCUGCUUCCCCUGACGGGCCAGGAGAAGAUGCCAGGCGAUGCCCCAUGCCAGGAGGAGAGCCUGGAUGCCACGCUGGUGCUGCUCCGAAGUGUCGCACACAAGCUGGCUCACGGCCAUACCGCUCAGGAGCUGAAUGCCCCCAUUGUUGGCAGUCCCUGUGAGAACCCCAGUCUGAUACAGGAGCUGCGGGAUCAGAACUCAAAGCUCAUGGAGGAGAACUCCCAGCUGAAGCUCCGUGUGGAGAGCUGUCAGGAAGGACCGCUGGUGCAGCAGGCCAUCCGGGACCGUGAUGAAGCCAUCGCAAAGAAGAACGCCAUGGAGACAGAGCUGUUGCGCAGCAAGAAUGACAUGAUGUCAUUGAACAAUCAGCUGCUAGAGGCCAUUCAGCGCAAGCUAGAGCUGUCCCAGGAGCUGGAGGCCUGGCAGGAUGACAUCCAGGUAAUAAUCAACCAGCAGCUGAAGAGCCAGCAGCAGCAGGCGGAGCUGGCGCAGAAGAAGACCAGCACCGACCGCCUGUCGUUUCUGCGCCGGCCCAGUAGCACGCCCUCCCUCGCGAGCAGGCGCCCCUCCUCCUCCCCCUCCGUGUCCUCGUCCUCGUCUUGCUCGUCGGAGCGGACGCCGGCGCAGGCGCCCUGGAAGGACUGGCUGAAACGUGGAAAGAUGGGACAGCAUGGCAACUGAACCCUAGUGACACGGCGCCGUCACCAAGCCUGCCGCCCGGCCACUGCGGGAGUCAAAGCUGGAGAGUCACAGAGCCCAGAGGAGGCUGAUGAUUAAUACACAAGGACUGCAGAGCUCACCUUUGUGAAACAGAAAAGACUCUACACUCUACAAACAAUGGAACAUUAAUGUAAUUUUUAUUGUACAUAGGUUCUUUUUAGUCACAUGCUAUUGCUUUAAGUGUUUUUAAACACAUGUUCAGCGCUGAAGGGACACAUGACUAGUAUUUAACUCAGAUCAGUAGGACCAAAAUAUAGCUGCAUGAUCAGUAGUGAAGACGGACGUGGGUUCUGGUUACCGAUGUGUAUAUGAAGGAGAGUUCUUGUAAAAUGAAGUGAAAAUGAAUGCUGAAACUUCAGUCUUAAGCCUGGGCAUGUGAAUUAUAAUGCUUGUAUAGAUACUGACAGUAUUUGCUGAGGAUGUUUUCAUCUAAUGUUUGCUGAAGAACAAUGAAGUAGAACAAACAAAUGUUCAUAAAGAUUUGAUCAAACUAUGGAGGACUGUGGGAUAGCUUGAAGUGUAACGACAGCAUUUCUGCCUGACAUAUUGGUUGUAAUCACUGUUUUACUUACUGAACCUAGCUGAAUUUUGCAUAAGACUAAAAGACUAAAAUGUCAAAUUCAGAAUAAUUUAUCAUUUAUGUAACUAUGCAUGAACCAAUGACAGUGCCAGCUUGUUUAGUAACUAGUCAUGUUGUUUCGUAACAGGAUACGUCCCUGCUAUGUCAAGAAUGUUACAUUCUGUAUUUGCAGGGGUAGAUGAGUGACGGGGAACAUUUCCCCGGGUAGCUUGUGGAGGGGCUGUAUGUUUUCAAUACAGCACAGACAUCUGUAGAAGCAGUGAUGUAAGAAAUCAUCCAUUGCAUCAGUGUAAUGGCUACACAUUGAGAAUUGGUUUGAUGUUACAAGUUAAGAAGUCCUCAUGGACAUUCUAUCUUGCGUUUCAUGCUAAGGUUAUGGAUGUCUGUGAGAGUCAUACCAGCAAGACAACAGAGCUGCAGAAUUCUCCAUGCUGAAAAUGAAGGCCACAGACUGCCAGGGUGCCAUCUGUCUGCGCCUUCAGCUAGAACGGACGAUGCAGUAUCAUUUACAGCGCAUGAGAAAUGCUUUAUGACAGUAUAUUGCUGCUGGAUAGAUCUGUGCCAAAUAUUUUGGUAUUUUUUUGUAUUAUUUCUUCACAACCCACUACAGAUUUUUGAUUUCGGGGCAGAUCUCUUGCCCAAGUGCUGCUCAAUCCAGAAACAUGAGAACGGGAUGUGUUUUGUACACAUAUCGAUCAAGCUGAAGUUAAAAGGGCUUAAGGGCUAUAUAUUGCUUUCCCACAGCGGCAUGUACUGAAAGAGGUGUAAACAUGCUGAUCCUCUGACAUUGACUGUUACAAAAAAAUUAUAAAUCUAUAUGAAUGUAUGCCUAUGAUAUUUUUCUACUCGCAAUUUGUUUUGUUGGUUCGGUUGCUCUUUCCUCACAAAUAUUCCAUCUGAAUCUUUGACUAUUUUUUUUCUUCAAGGACUGUUUAAAAACAAGUUCUUCCAGAAGACUGAAAACUCUAGUCACUCUUCAAGCACACCAGACAAACUAAAAUGUGUAAUAUUAAUAUAUUUAAUGACAAUAUGAUCAUAAAUUCUACAGGAAUGACAAGGCAUGCAUU